AUGAAGCGAAAUCAACCAAGCGGGUCUCAGCAACGAAAAAUUAAAAAGGCAAGAGAAAAGUCAGCUGAGGCGAUGUCUGGAUCAAUUUUAAAAUAUGUUGCGACUUCAACAUCUACCGCAGUAAAAGAAAGUGCUAAAGACAUUCAGUCUGGUGAAUCGAGAGAUGAAAUUCCUGAAUUACCUUCUUCAGAAGCUUCAUAUGUGAAAGCACAAGAAUUGGAGAAGAUCAUGUUAUCUUCAAGCGGUGAAAGUGAUUUGGAUUAA